AUGCCAUCCACGGACGUCGGCCAGCUCCCAGGUCCCAGCUAUCGUCAACCGUCAACCGUCUCCAGGGCUCCGCUGGAGCUUGGAGCUCCCUGGGGACCAAACCGGCUUAGCGCGAUUGGGGGGUCGCGAGCAAAGCUGCAGCUGCAGGCAGAGCAGGCCCAGGCAAGGCGGAAGUCGCGUCCAAGCUUGACCCAAAAAUUUCCAGCCUCUCAGAUCAACCAUCAGGAGCAACACCUCGAAACACCACAACUCGCGAGACCACGCAAGCCCCCGAGACGACGCGUGCGCACCCCCGAAGAGGUCUCUCCCCCGCCUCGCCCACCUUCGCGCAUCUUCUCCACCACCGCAUGGUGUCUGCGCGGCGCACCUUCUCGCCGAAUCGCCCUUUGA